AUGGUGAUAUUAGUGUUGUGUAGUGAUAAUGUUGUCCGGUGUAGUUUUGUUGGUGUGAGCAGGAGUGUCAUAUUUUUUUUAAUUUUCGGACAACUUUUGGACUUUGGGGGAGCUUAUAGUCCGAGAGAGUGCGGCCUCCCGCUCCGCCGACACACACGGCAGCCGCGGGAACGAACAGCGGGACAACUGCGCAUCAUCAAGGGAAGAGAGUCCAAGCGCGGAGCGUGGCCAUGGCAGGUGUCUCUGCAACUGCUGCACCCAAACUUCGGGCUCAUCGGGCACUGGUGCGGCGGCGUCCUAGUACAUCCUCUGUGGCUGCUCACAACAGCACACUGUAUACACAAUGAGUUGUUCAACCUGCCAGUACCCGCGCUCUGGACAGCAGUUCUCGGCGAAUGGGACCGAGCUGAACAAAAGGGAGCCUACGUGCCGAUUGAGAGGAUAGUGCUGCAUCAUCGCUUCCAUAACUAUCAGCAUGAUAUAGCUCUAAUGAAGCUCACAAAGCCUGCCGACGUGAGUGCCCGAAGCCGCAUCAAAACAAUCUGCUUACCCCCCUUCGAGCCACCCGCCUUCAACACAGAGCGGACCACCUUCUACAUGCGGCCAGAUCUCAACCCACCCAGCACCUCCACAGAACCGCCCAAAAAGGCCAAACGACCACCCAAACCCAACCCAGACACCGCCACAAAAUACUUAGAAAAACUUAAUAAUUUAACCAAGACGAUAUUCUCGGGGUUCGUCAGUAAAAAGAACAAAAACAUGAGAUACAACGUGAGAGUAGCUAACGAUAGCAACAGACAUACAAAUAGGAAGACCGAUGAAGAUAUCCAAAAAGCUGAUGAAGAAAGGAAAAGUGAUAUAGUAUACCCAAGUGCAACCUUAGAUAGUGUUGUUAAACUGAUUAAAACAAAAAUGUCUAAAGAUAGGAGGAAAACAGAGAGGACUGAUAAGAAGUUGAUGUUCGAUGAUGAGAUAGAUCCGUUUAUAGAUGAUAAUAACGGGUUGGAUUUCAAGGAUGAGUGUUACGCGACGGGUUGGGGACGAGAGCAGACGAAUGGGACGCUAACGGAUGUGCUCCUAGAGGCGGAGGUACCAGUGCUUCCGCUGAGGAUCUGCCGGGAGAGAUACUCGCUGACGCUGCCGCUGAAUGAGGGGCAUCUUUGCGCGGGGAGUACGGAUGGAAGCACGGGAGCGUGUGUGGGUGACAGCGGCGGUCCCCUCCAAUGCCGGACAGGCAGCCGAUGGGAGUUGCGCGGACUCACAUCCUUCGGUUCAGGCUGCGCGCGCAGGGGCGUACCCGAUGUCUACACCAACGUGGAACAUUAUGUUCCUUGGAUAUACGCCCAUGUGUAUGCUACGUAGCAAUGAGAUAGAGGAGCUGCUAAAGCGUCGCUAGCCAAAUGUUGGUGGUCAUCUGGUCCCUUUUAUAACAGCUUGGGCAGCAGCCGUUAGAAGCUACGCACAUCCUUCGGCUCAGGCUGCGCGCGCAGGGGAGUACCCGAUGUCUACACCAACGUCGAACAUUAUGUCCCUUGGAUAUACGCCCAUGUGUAUGCUACGUAGCAAUGAGAUAAAGGAGCUGCUAAAGCGUCGCUAGCCAAAUGUUGGUGAUCCUCUGGCCCCGUAGCCGAAUGGCAUUUCUGCGACGCAAAACGCCACCAAAAUGCCGCAGAAAAGUAGUCUGGUU